UGACGUCAUCUCCAUGAAGCGCUUUGUAGAGGCUUACAAACACAACUAGGUUUUUUCCAUGAUGGUUAAUAUGUGGGAAAUCAAUUGCACUAAUCAAGAGGGAGAGACUUGCAAACGCAUCAGCAAAAACCAUGGCAGUCGGAGGCUUUGUGGACUGGAGGGGAAAUCCAAUCAACAGAAAGGUGCAUGGAGGGGUCAGAGCAGCAUGGUUUGUAUACUUUCUGACUGUGGUAACAAGCAUAGUCAAUGUCCCAAACAUGCUGAAUAUGGUUACCUAUCUCCAUGGAACAAUGCAUAUGGGAGUCUCAAGCUCCUCCACUACGGUCACUAACGUUCUUGGCGCCACAUCUGGGUUUGCUCUGUUAGGAGCUUUCCUCUCAGACUCUUACAUAACUCGAGCUAGAACAAUACUCCUCUUUGGUCCAUUGGAAUUUCUGGGGUACGGCCUGCUCGCGCUGCAAGCACACCUUCCCUCGCUCCGUCCACCGCCCUGCGACGCCGAAGCGGAGGCAAGCAGCUGCGAAGAGAUCCAUGGCAGGAACGCCGUCCUGCUGUACGCAGCCCUGUACGUAGGCGCCUUCGGCGAUGGCUUCAUGCGCGCCUGCAUGCCGCCGCUGGGAGCAGACCAGUUCGACCGCGGGGACCCCUCCGAGUCCCGGCAGCAGUCGAGCUUCUUCAACUGGUACACCUUCGGGAUCUCCUUGGGGGGUUCCGUUGGGCUGGUCCUCGUAGUCUGGCUCGAGAACAGCGAAGGGUGGGACAUUGGGUUUGGGGCGUGCGCGCUCCUGAUUUUGCUUGGGCUGCUCGUGGUUGCGGCUGGUCUCCCUCUGUACCGCAACCAUGUACCGGAAGGGAGCCCGCUGACUCGCAUACUGCAGGUUCUUGUGGUUGCAUUCAAGAACAGGAAGCUUCAGCAUCCUGAGAAGCUGGAAGAAGCGCGGGAAGGAAGCGUCACUGAACAAGUCUUAACUGAGGCACCUUCUCAAACAAGUAGUAGUCUCAAAUUCCUCGACAAAGCUUGCAUCAAUGGAGGCAGAGAUGGGGCCUGGUCAGUCUGCAGCAGGAAGAAGGUGGAGGAGACGAAGGCCGUGCUCCGCGUGCUCCCCGUCUUCAUCAGCUCCCUGAUCGGCUACAUGUCGAACCCCCUCCUCUUCACCUUCACCGUACAGCAGGGCGGCAUGAUGAACACCCGGCUGGGCAAGAUCCACGUGUCGCCGGCGACGCUCUUCAUCAUCCCGAGCGCGUUCCAGAUGGCGCUGCUCCCGGUCUACGAUCGCUUCCUCGUGCCGCUCCUGCGGCGGCGCACGGGAUACGCCAGCGGCGUCACCCACCUGCAGCGCGUCGGCGCCGGGUUCGCCGCCGUGGUCCUGGCCUCGGCCAUCGCGGCCAUCGUCGAGAGGAAGAGGAAGGCCGACCCGGAGCAGAUGUCGCUGUUCUGGCUGGCGCCGCAGUUCUUCCUGCUCGGCGUCUCCGACGUGACGUCGUUCCCGGGGCUCCUCGAGCUCUUCAGCAGCGAGGCGCCCCGCGGCAUGAAGUCCAUCGCGUCGGCGCUCUUCUGGUGCGAGCUCGGCCUCUCGUCGUGGCUGGCCACGCUGCUGGUGCAGGUGGUGAACAGGGCCACGAGGCGGCGGGGCGGCGGCGGCCGCGGCGGGUGGCUCGAGGGCGCCACCCUCAACAGCAGCCGCCUCGACCUCUUCUACUGGGUCGUCGCCGCCGUCGGCUUGCUCGGCUUCCUCAACUACCUCUUCUGGGCGAGCAGGUACAAAUACCGGCAAGAUCCACGGCUCGUUGAUGAGCCAUCGGCGGAUCAGGAUUCACCUUGAAAAUCACGGCGGCAGCCGUGGCAUGGACUAGUCAAGUUUGGGGUUUGGAUCCUCUGCCAUUCUAUACUAAGGUUUGCAUCGUUGUGAUGUCGCGUAGUGAUAAUUUGUCGGACUUCCAUCCAUUACUCCUAGUAAUGUGUACAUGCUAUAGCUCUAGUGUGUAUUUUGUGUUGUAUGCAUAAGGAAAGUCAUGUAGUAGUGAUACCUGAUUUUGAAA